GACAAGCAAACCAUCCAAAAAAUAUUGCCAAAUUCAAACGAGCACUAAUCAGCUUAUCGCCAAUUCCGUGUCAUAAUUGGCUCCACGAUCUUGUAGUUUUCUAUUUCUUUCUCGAGACGCAACUCGUAAACAACAUCAAAACAUUCGUCUGCAAUCAAAUGAUUCAAACCGCUGCUGGAGCGUCAGUAUUCUUCACGAUGCGUUCCGGUACGGUAACGGCUGUGAUAAUUCUAUUGAUUUUGACAGCUGCCAAAGAAAUCGAAUCAACCGGAUCCAACCAUCAAAAAUGCGUUCCUCUGCUGGAUCAGGUACAGUGUGGAUCGGCUGUUCCUCCUUUUUCCGGACAAUCGUUGCCCAGUCGUGAAGCGGAAGCACUGCCAGGGGAGUUUCCGUGGCAUGCUGCGCUCUUUCGCCGAGAGGCCGGAUCGGAUGCGUUCAGCUAUUGCUGUGGAGGUUCGCUGAUCAACGAAUGGUUUGUGCUAACGGCCGCCCACUGUUUGAUCAACCCGAAUAAUGGCUUUCCGAAGGUCCCUGGAGAUGUGCGAGUUCGGUUGGGAGCUCACGAACUGGACAAGCCGGAUGAGUGUGUGCAGAAUAAGGUGGUUCGAGAGAUUCACGUUCAUGAUGGUUAUAGUUUGAAUGGUUUCAAACAUGAUAUAGGAUUGGUGAGGUUUAGUGAACGCGCCAUAUUUACGCCUCGAGUAUUGCCAGUUUGCGUAGAUAUUAGUGAUACGGAGGAGCCUAGUUUCUACCAGCAAUAUGGAAAGGUGGCCGGCUGGGGAUUUACUGAAGUGGAUGCUCUUUCCGAUUGGCUAAGGGUAUCUGAGCAGUCAUUUGAAAACUACACCACAUGCGUGGCUAGCAACCCGACGAUAUUUUCGGACACGAUCUACGAAGGAAUGUUUUGUGCACGGUAUGCGGAUGGAUAUAGUAUCGGCAAUGGUGAUUCAGGUGGAGGUUUGGUUACUUACACGUGGGAUCGAUGGAUCCUUCAAGGUAUUGCCUCGUUUACAGCUUUAGAGUCAAAUAACGGGAAGAAGUCUGAAGAAUUUACUGGCUUCAUCAAAGUUCGGUAUUACCGCAAAUGGUUGAAGAAAUUGUUGCAACCCGAUCAAUCAUCAGCGUCUGUAAACUCUUUUGAUCGAAUAGAAGAUGAAGUCGGCUCCAAAAACUGUGGCCUAAAGAAGGUAAACAAACGAAAUCUGAUUAUCAAUGGAGUGCAAAGUUACGAAGGGGAGUGGCCUUGGCACGUGGGCAUCUUUGUGAUCAAUGGCCGUAGCAAGAGGUACGCCUGCGGUGGCACUCUCAUAAGUGACCAGUUUGUGAUGACGGCAGCUCACUGCUUACUGGAUGGAUCCCCUGAACUACACAAAGGAAUACUGGUAGUUCAGCUGGGGCAAAACAACCUGCACGAAAGUUCCGUGCACAUGCGAGAAGUUCAAGUUCGGAACGUCACAACUCACGCACAGUUUGAUCCAAUCAGCAAAACUAACGACAUUGCCCUUCUGGAACUAACUUCAACAGUCCAGUUCGACGAUUACAUGCAACCGGCAUGUUUACCGAAACAGAAGGACUCGGAGAACUUGAAUCUUCUGGGAUCAUCCGGCUCGAUCGCAGGCUGGGGCUACCAGCAGCCUUGGACGUUUGUCAUCUCAAACAAAUUGCAGUCAGCCAAUGUAUCCGUAGUCGACGCUGUCAAGUGUAUUACCGGAAGAAUUUCCCGCCUUGAAACAGCCGGAAUUCUCUGCGUUGGAUCAGUCAAUGGUUCCAAUGCUUGCACCGGUGAUUCCGGUGGAGGAAUAUUCUUCGAGAAGAACGGAGUAUGGACAGUUCGUGGAGUGAUCCCAGCUUUAGACAAUGACGAUGGUUACUGCAAUCCCGAAGGUUAUUUGAAGGUGACUGAUACGGCUCACUUUUUAAACUGGAUCAAGCAGGAGAUGAAAGCUGCAGUUCAACGUUCUACCGGAUUGGAAGCAGUCCAGACCGAAACUUUGGUACAAUCUGUUAAGAAAUAUCCCACGGCUUCUUCCAAAUCAACUCCUCCUCAAGCUUCUUCCCACCAAACCUCAAGAGUUCACAGUGCCGGAGUAUUUGUGGGGGAUCCGCGGGACCGACAUAGGUAUCAGGAAUGGACCCGGAAUCGCUGCCGGGAGCAAACGGCGAACGAAACAGAUGGCAGCGCCGGUUUCACGCAGUCGAUCAAACGGUUCUACGAGCACCGGAAAUGUAUGCUGAAGGAGAUGGCCAGCUCGGUGGCGGAUCGGAUACGCAACAAGACGUCAUUCAAUCGGGAGGGGCUGUUGUUUAAGGUUUUUUCUUGAAAUACACAGAUAA